CUAUGUUGGUGUCUUCCUACAAUAUUUCCUAAAACUGGCAAAUGUGCGUAAUAUGUACAAAUAUGAUUAAAACACUAUUUUACAUAAAAUCAUAUUAAUAUGUCGUAAUCAUCAUAAAUGUUCGUUUUUGUAUAAAAAGGCUAAUUGUUUAGAUCUUGAACACCGAUCCUACGAUAUAUAUUCAUUUAUUAACUUAUUUAUUUACUUUAUAUAUACUUUUAUUGUUUUUAAUCAGGCACUACCCUGCAACCACAUCCUUCUCAUAACCAACUUCCGGUAUCUUCUGGUUGCAGUUGGAUAUUGUCAAACAGCGCGAAACUCGAGAGAGCCAUAUUUACUGUUUGCUUUAAAGGUAUAAGAAAAUGCACAAAAGAUAUGUUAAAAUUGCUUUUUGUUGCUUUUCCGGUAGAUGAUCAGUACGGCUACAGUUGGCGAAUAAAAAAACAACUUACAAAAGAGAAAAUACUUUUAUAUUCUAGGAUACCUGAAGGACAACGACGGUGUGACGUCGUUAACAUCAAAACACGACUCCAUUCAGUCCACAACCAGGCUGCACACAAUAGAACAGCCAAAGCUACAAGUCAUUAAUGAGUGGAAAUUCUCCCUAAGCAGAUGGAGUGCAGACUCAGUGUAGAGAAGAAGGAGCCACACAGCCCUAUCAUUAAAGAUGAAGAGGAAGAAGUUUGCAUCAAACAGGAGGAGAUCGAUCUUUCCAUUGCAGUGAAGAUGGAGGACGAGGAAGAGAAACCUGACCCUUCACUGCUCUGUCGUUUGACUGAAUGUUCAGGUGAACAUGUAAAACUGAAGACUGAGGAUAAUGCAGAAGACUCUUGUGGGACCGAAGACAGUGAUGAUUGGACAGAGACCAGUGAAGGUACAAAGAACAUUUUCACAGUAACAAAGUGUCUCUUCUGGGAAACUGAAGAGAGUUUUUCUGAAUGUGGACAAGGGCUCUCCAAGCCAGAUCUGCCACCGAUUACGAAUCACAACAGUGAGAAAAAAACAUUUGAUUGUGCAGAAAAAUUGAUUAAGAAUGGCAAUCUUACUAGACGUGGGAAAAUUUGUACAGGAGAGAAACCCUUUGGUUGCUUAUAUUGUGAAAAAAGAUUUAUGUUAAAAGGCCAUCUUAAACAACAUGAGAAAAUGCACAAAGUAGAUAAGUGUAAGUGUACCAUAUGUGGCGAAAGGUUUAAAUCGCCUGUGGAUUUGAAGAGCCAUAGGAAAAUUCAUAGAGAGAAACUACUUAGUUGCUCUGAAUGUGGGAAAACCUUGGCUUCCAAGUCAAAACUGAAGCUUCAUCAACGCAUUCAUUCUGGUGAGAAGCCAUUUGCUUGCAGUAAAUGUGGAAAACGGUUUUCAGAAAAACACAAGGUGACAAGACAUGAACGAAUACAUGCACUUCCAGAUCUGUUUCAUUGCACUUUUUGCGGAAAAACAUUUACCAGAAAGGUAAAUCUAUGUAUACAUGAAAAAACGCAUACAAGUGAGAAAGGAUUCCGCUGCUCAGAUUGUGGUAAAUCAUUUGCUGAUAAGUGGGCAUUAAAAGAACAUGAAUGUUUUCAUACAGUGGAGAAACCAUUUGGUUGCUUAUAUUGUGAAAAAAGAUUUAUGUUAAAAGGCCAUCUUAAACAACAUGAGAAAAUGCACAAAGUAGAUAAGUGUAAGUGUACCAUAUGUGGAGAAACGUUUAAAUCGCCUGUGGAUUUGAAGAGCCAUAGGAAAAUCCACAGAGAGAAACUACUUAGUUGCUCUGAAUGUGGGAAAACUUUGGCUUCCAAGUCAAAACUGAAGCUUCAUCAACGCAUUCAUACUGGUGAGAAACCGUUUGCUUGCAGUAAAUGUGGAAAAAGUUUUACGGAUAAACACAAGGUGACAAGACAUGAACAAAUACACACACGUCCAAAUCUGUUUCAUUGCACUUUUUGCGGGAAAAUUUUUACCAGGAAGGUAAAUCUAUGUAUACACGAAAAAACGCAUGCAAGUGAGAAAGGAUUCCGCUGCUCAGAGUGUGGUAAAUCAUUUGCUGAUAAGUGGGCAUUCAAAGAACAUGAAUGUUUUCAUACAGGGGAGAAACCAUUUGGUUGCUUAUAUUGUGAAAAAAGAUUUAUGUUAAAAGGCCAUCUUAAACAACAUGAGAAAAUUCACAAAGUAGAUAAGUGUAAGUGUACCAUAUGUGGCGAAACGUUUAAAUCGCCUGUGGAUUUGAAGAGCCAUAGGAAAAUCCAUAGAGAGAAACUACUUAGUUGCUCUGAAUGUGGGAAAACUUUGGCUUCCAAGUCAAAACUGAAGAUUCAUCAACGUAGUCAUACGGGUGAGAAACCGUUUGCUUGCAGUAAAUGUGGAAAAUGUUUUUCAGAAAAACACAAGGCGGCAUUACAUGAACGAAUACACACACGUCCGAAUCUGUUUCAUUGCACUUUAUGCGAAAGAAAAUUUACUAGACAGGUAAAUCUGAGUAUACACGAAAAAACGCAUGCAAGUGAGAAACAUUGUACAUCUAAGGGAUCAUGAAGAAAUUUAUACUGGAGAGAAUCGACAGCAGAUGUCAAUUUUAUUUUCAUUUGAAAGACACCCAUUGUCAGUCUUAAAAGCCUGUUUUGUGCAUGAAGCAAGAAGUUUGAUUUUGAAAUUUUUUUUACAAAAUUUUACAUGCAUAAAUGCAAAUUCCAGAAAUGUAAUCUCAGGUUUUGUUUGUUUCAUAAUGAGUGUUAUUCUUUCUUUUACUAAAGUCCAUGUUAUAAUAAAGAAUAAGAAAUAAAUAAAACUGAUUUAAUUGAAAAGUUUGAUCUGCUAAGAAAAUCUUAGCCAAUUUCUGUUCAUUUUAGUUUUUUGAGGCCUUAUGUAUAAGCAUGUUUGUAAGUAUGGAGGUCUGAAAGUGCAACCAUUUAAUAAAUAAAUAUUUUUAAUAAUUACUUAAAUGUGGAAUUUAUUAAUUAAAAUUGGAAUUAAUUUCUUAAACGUGUCAUUUAAAUACCACUUUGCCGAGUUCCUCACCUGUGUUUUGUAAAUGUUUAUUUGACUUUUUUUUCUCAAAUUGAUCAAUCAAUAGAAAAAGUAUUUGAUGACGAUGAGAAACUGCUCCACGUCAAGCACCGACUGGCGGCUACUGGCAGAAACCACUAA